AUGCUCCAACGCGCGCGCGCCAACCUCGCAGGCGUCGACCUGCACGUCGCCUCGUCCAUGUGCCUCAACUUCGGCUCGUCCGUCAGCCUGGUCGUGCUCAACAAGGUCGUCAUGGACAACCACGGCUUCAAGUUCGCCGCCACCCUCACCUUCUUCCACCUCGUUUGCACCUUCUUGUUGCUGCGCCUCGCCGCCGCACUGGGCAUCUUCGAGAUCAAGAGGCUCCCCGUCCGCGAUGUCGCCAAGCUCGCCGCAGGUACUAUGGGCUUUAUCACCUUUACUAACCUCAGCUUGCAGCAUAAUAGCGUCGGCUUCUACCAGGUCAUGAAGGUCAUGACCACCCCUACCGUCGUCAUUAUCGAGGCCCUGCUGUACCAGAAGUAUCUCGAGAAUACCCUCAGGCUCUCGCUCGUCCCAGUUUGCCUCGGCGUCAUCAUCACCACCGUCACCGACUUUCGCCUCAACGCCGUCGGCGCAGGCUAUGCCAUUGCCGGCGUCAUCGUCACCUCGUUUUACCAAAUUUGGUCGGGCACGCUGCAGCGCUCGCUCGACUGCAAUGCCCUGCAGCUUCAAGCCUACGUCGCCCCUCUGGCCGCCCUCUUUAUCCUCCCGUUUGUCCCCCUGUUGGACAACUGGUCCACCAACGACCUUGAGUCGAUUUGGUACUAUAACUUUGCCCCAAACAACCUCUCCCUCAUUUCCGUCACAGGCUUCUUCGGCUUCCUGGUCAACAUCUCCAUCUUUCUCGUCAUCGGCCGCUCGAGCCCGCUCUCGUACAAUAUCCUCGGCCACUGCAAAACCGUCGUCGUGCUCCUCUCCGACUACGUCCUCUUCCACCGCCCAUUCACGUUCAAGUCCUCGUUCGGCAUCAUCCUCACCCUCAUCGGUGUCUUUUGGUACACAAACGUCAAGCUCGAGCGCGCCCGCCUGGAGAAGGAGGCCAGGGAGCGGACCCCGGCCCCGAGCAUAAGUGACACCAAGCAGGACAUCCUGGAGGAGGAGAAGAUAGAGCUCGUCACCUCGCGCGAAGAAUAGAGGCUGCCGCCCUGUGUUUUGGUUUUUAUUUUUAAUACAAUGUACUCGUCUCCGCCAAGGCAGUCUGGUGUACUACACCCGCGGCUGGAGAGACGGAAGGAAUUAUUAGGACGAGCGUUCGAGCUGCGGCGUUCCAUUCGACGCUUGUGUGCAACGGCCACCCCCCCUGUAUCGACUAAUGUUUCUUAGACUAAUGUUUCUUAGACUAAUCUUUUGCUUUAGAAGUUGUUUUGCGGCGCGCUGCGCGCCGCUGUCCUCGUGCCGUGGGCCGGAAGCGUUGCCGCGAAGGACGCACCGAGCCCGUGAGUGUAAAGUGAUCUCAUCUUU